GUAGUUCUGUCGUCCGUCUUUCAAAAAAAAAGUAAACGGUAGAAAUUAAAGUAUCAGUUGAAACUUGAAAGUUCAACGGUAAAUAAAUAGAAUUCUAAAUUGAUUUUAAAGAAAUAAGCUGUUCUCAACGCUGUUUAGUCAAUUUAAGUUUAAAUUAUCAUAAUGGGUGUCAUUGACGAAAACUGGAAUUAUGAGUUCGAUAUUGAAGCAACCGAAAAAAGUUCAAACAUUGCCUUUGAGUUAAAAAUUAAUGAUUUAUGCGAAAGUGUGCUGAAAGCUUUUGACUAUGGCUUCGUAAAUAUUGUCGUAGACAAGGAUUGCUUGGCGCGAAAUAAGGAUGAAGAAUUCAAAUUAUUGAUCGAGAAAAAUAAAGAGUUAAAACAUGAAAUUGAAAUAAAACUUAAAGAUUUAUCACAACAACAAUCUCAAUAUGAAAACUUCAAGCGAGAUCAGAAACUUUUAGAACAAGAAAUCAAGGAGACUCAUGAAGCAUUUCUAAUGGGCAGGAAGCAAUACAAAAAAUGUUUAAAUAUCUACUAUUCAAUAGAAUCAAAAUCAAAUGAAAUGCAAGUAGUGUUCAUACAAUUUUUUACUGAGCUGAAAAAGAUUGGUGAAAGUUAUUCAAUAUAUUUACUGAGAAAUAGUAAGACACAUCAGUAUACUUUGCAAAGUAUGAAUCCCACAUUAAGGAUUUUCAAAGAGCUCCAAAGAAAAUUACAAGAAACUAAUGAUGUUCCUGGAGUACUGUGUUGGAUAAGGCAAGCUUUUAUUUCACACAAGCUAAACAAGAAUCAUUGAGGAAUAAUAUAUUAUAUCAGAAUAUUGAGUCAUUUGAAAGCCUAUAGUUAUGUCAUAUCACCACUAUUUACAGAAAAAACGUAAAUAAAAUACAAAUUCUGGCAGAAUCAGCUGCUCAAAAGGGUAAAUGCACAAUUGAUUGGAUUGGAUUGGUUAGUCAGUAGUAGAUAGAUAGGGAUGAAAUCAUUGCUCAUAAUUACACAACAGAAAGAAAAUACAAUAGAUGAAAAAGAAUCCAGAGUAGUUUCAUACAUGUCUUAUCACUUUGAGCAAUCGCCAGAAAACCCUAUAAGAAUGAAUCUUAUGCCACCUCAAGAAUAAUCCACAAAUAAAAUAUGUAUAACUUUACAUCAAGAAAAUAAACUACACUAACUUUAUAAAGUCAGAGUUUAAGAAUUGAAUGUGUCUAGCAAUUGUAGUAAUUACAACAAUAGUUUUUGGUAACCUGCAGCUGCUAGGUAAGUCAAUAUUCUCAAAAUGUUUUUAUAUUCACAUUUUAGGAAAAAAUAAAUUAAAAUAAAGUAUCUGUAUUAAAAUAAACAUUUAUUGUAAACAUUAAUGUAACAACCAUUCGUUCACAUAACACUAUAAUUCCAAAUUGUGGUAUAUUGGAUUACAGAAUCUGUAUAUUUCUUUAAAAAAAAAAAAAUUUAUACAUUAUCAGGUCAUAAAAUCUUUGAACAUAUAACUAUGUAACUAAUUCUAUAUUAUAUUAUUAUUUAUAUAAAUAUUAUAAGUCAUUCUUAUUACUCCCAAAUCACUUACAUGUAAUAUGUCAGAAGCCCCUUGUGAUUUCAAGUUGAGGGUUUGAAAGUUUAGCCUUGUUUUGGGCGAUGGGCGAAACAAUUUCAAUGACUCUUGAGAACAAUUUAAGGUUUUGAGUUUUCUUGUGUAUUGCGUAAAUUUGUAACUGGGAUUCAGAGUAUCUUUAAUAAUAGUUUGUUUCUCAAUUGCACUCAUCACUACUAUAUGUAUUAUACAUAGUCAUGUCCUACUUUAAAUACUUCUAAAAUAGAAUUUAAACACUCAA